AUGACGGGCUCGAACGUGCAGAGGCUAGGACAGAAGGCCCCCUCAGCAGUGCCGACGCAGGAGGGUAACCAGAAGGCUCGAGUCUUUGCGCUUACUCGGGAGGAAGUGACGAAUGCCGAAGCUGUUGUAACAGGUACUGUUUUGGUAUGUAAUGCGCCUGCUUAUGUAUUGUUUGAUUCGGGAUCUAGUCAGACUUUUAUUUCCACUGCAUUUGUUCGUCAAACGAACCUUGAGUUAGCACCGUUAGGUUUUUUGUUGUUAGUAUCUACACCGUCGGGUUCAGUUAUGAUUUCUAGCCAAAUGGUGAAAGUAGGCUGGUUAUCCUUUGACGGACAGAAAUUGGGGGCAAGACUGAUUCAGCUAGACAUAAGGGAUUUUGACGUCAUCUUAGGCAUGGAUUGGUUGGCUACCAACCAAGCCAGCAUUAACUGCUCAAAGAAGGAAGUCUCGUUCCAGCUGCCUUUUGGUUGGAGCUUUAUGUUUAAAGGGGUUACAGGUGGGGUCCCGAGGAUAGUUUCGGCAUUGAGGGCCAGACAUCUCCUACAGGGUGGUGCUUGGGGUUUUUUGGCAAGUGUCGUCGACACUCAUAAUGUUACACCUAGCAUCGACUCCGUCCACGUGGUCAACGAGUUCCAUGACGUGUUCCCUAAAAACCUCUCGGGGUUGCCCCCAGUUCGUGAAUUGGACUUUUGCAUUGACUUGUUUCUGGGAACAACCCCCAUUUCGAAAGCACCUUACCGUAUGACUCCAGCGGAACUCAAAGAGCUCAAAGCUUAA